AUGCACAAGAAGGGUGUGACGGAAGAAGUUGCCAAGAAGCGCACGCGUCGCACCAUCAAGAGCCAGCGUGGUGUCGUUGGUGCCUCGGUUGACUUGAUCAACACGCGUCGCAACCAGAAGCCAGAGGUUCGUGAGGCUGCGCGCAAGGAGCACAUUGCGAAGACGAAGGAGGCCAAGAAGGCUCGUCAGACAGAGCGCAAGGCCAACCGGCAGGCAGCUGGAGCCAGCGCUGCCAUGUCGCGUCAGCAGGCCAAGCCUAUGGCACGCGGUGGCCCCAAGGCUUAA